AUGGCGCAAGCAACCAAUGCCUUUGCUGCUGCUGAGGCUGAACUCGCCAACGACAUCCACCAGGCAGAUCUUCAACAGAGCGGGCUCAAGUCUGACAUACAUCCCCUUGGUCACCUCGAGCCCGCUGCACCCUUGGAAAAGGCCGUUGUGAGCGAUGAUGAGUAUGGCCCCCUUCCUACAGACGAAGAUCGCAUAAACUUGCGUCGUGUCCCCGAGAAGAUUCCCUGGACCGCGUACAUCAUCUCCUUCUGCGAGCUGGCGGAGCGUCUUAGCUACUACGGUACGACUGUCGUCUUUCAAAACUUCAUUCAGCAGCCUUUGCCUGCUGGCUCCAGGACAGGGGCUCCUGUCAACCCUGACGACCAGCCUGGGGCUUUGGGCAGAGGACAGCAAGCCGCUACUGCAGGUACCACCUUCAACACAUUCUGGGUUUACGUUUGUCCUCUAUUUGGUGCAUACAUUGCUGAGAAGUACAUUGGCAGAUACAAAACUAUCGUUCUUAGUGUUUUGAUCGCCAUCGCUGGACACGUCAUUCUGAUCGGAUCAGCCGCGCCCGAUUUGCUUGUCAACAACCCUCAAGGUGCUUAUGGAGUGUUCUGGCUCGCAAUCAUCAUCAUGGGCCUGGGUACUGGUGGUUUCAAGUCCAACAUUUCCCCUUUGAUUGCCGAGCAAGUGCCCACGGAUAGGCAGCACUUGCGCACUCUUCCCAGCGGAGAGCGUGUCAUCGUCGACCCAGCGCUCACCACUGGUCGCCUGUUUGCGUACUUUUACCUGUUCAUCAACAUCGGCGCCGUGGUUGGUCAAGUGUCCAUCAGCUACACCGAGAAAUUGCACGGCUUUUGGCAAGGAUACCUGAUUCCUACAGCCGUCUUCGCGCUUUGCUUGCCAGUGAUGGCAUUCGGUAGCCGUUUCUACGUCAAGAAUCCGCCAAACGGAUCCGUCCUUGAACAGUCUUGCCGCCUGAUCGCUUUCUGCAUGAAGGGCACAUUCUCGUGGAACCCGGUGCGCUUCUACAAGAACCUGACCGCCGCCGAUUUCUGGAGCAAGGGCAAGCCAAGCCGCAUCGCGCCCGAACAGCGUCCAUCGUGGAUGACUUUCGACGAUAUCUGGGUCGAGGAGGUUCGCAAGGCCAUCAAAGCUUGCCAGGUCUUUACCCUCUACCCAUUUUACUGGAUCACCUACAACCAAAUCAGCAGCAACUUGAUCUCUCAGGCGUACAACAUGAAGAAGAACGGCGUUCCAAACGAGGUCAUUAGCAAUUUGGAUCCGAUCUCGAUCAUCAUCCUUGUGCCCCUCUUCGAUUUGGUCAUCUACCCUUUCAUGCGCAAGCUCAAGAUCAACUUCUCUCCCAUCAAGCGCAUAGUCGCAGGUUUCGCCUGCGGCGCUGCGUCCAUGGUCGCAGCAGCCGUCAUCCAACACUACAUCUACCAACGCUCUCCUUGCGGUGACUACGCCACGGAAUGCGACAAUGUUGAAGGACCUGGAUUUUUGGAAGGCGAGACCGAUCUCAAUGUCUGGAUUCAGACGGUUCCAUACGUCUUCGUCGGUCUGAGCGAAGUCUUUGCUUCCAUCACUGGUCUUGAAGUUGCCUUUACGCUCGCACCCAAGAACAUGAAGUCCAUCGUCAUGUCUCUGUUCCUCCUCACCAACGCCUUUGGGGCUGCUAUCCAACAGGCUCUCCUCCCUCUCACCGUGGAUCCCCUUCUCGUCUGGCAAUACGUCACCUGCGCACUUCUCAGCGCUAUUGCGGGAGUCCUUACUUGGUUCUUGUUCCGAGGAAUCGACCGCGAGACCGACCGCCUUGCUAACUUGCCUGCUGGUACCGCCAUGAACGCUACCAAUGCCACUGGUGCCCCCACCAGCUCGAACGACGACCGCAGCUCACACGACGAAAAAUCUCACGCUUAA